CCAAUCGUGUCUUUAUUCAUUUUCUGCUUUUAAUUUGAUGCUUUUGGAAGCUACUUUUCUACACAGUGUAACGCGCAGCGCUUUUACUGUGAAGGCCGGAAGUGUGUUGUUAGUCGCUCUUCCGUCGUGUUAAGUUUUCAAAAGACCUUAGUGGUCGUUUUAUACACAACACAUAAUAUUUGUAUAACAUUGCAUUUAGUUCCCAGUGGACCGCAGAUAUACCGGAUUAUCUUGAAUUGUUGUCGUCAGGUUCAUUUUAAAGAAGUGUACUUGACCGCAUUGCUAGUUAACAAACGUGUUAAAUACGUAUGACCACACCUGUUAACAUUUGCAUAAGAAAAUAAGGAAAUUUACACAAAAUAGUGGAAAUUCUGGUGGAAAGACCCGACUGCCUACUACGGUGCAAUUGUUGUUUACUGGUGUGCUUCUUUUGUUUUGAAGGCCUGACUAUACCUGACAGUUGUACUCCGAUGUUUCCCGAGUGUUUCCGAGCCGACCGGAAACUGUACUGUUCUUUCCCCAUGAACGUUAAUAAAAUACAACAAAACUGUUAAAACGGGAGGGCACCUGGAAAGAAGGGGAAAAUACUGUAGUUUCCAGGUGUAAACGGGAGGCUUGACAGCAACGCUUCAAGGGCAUAAACAUGGCGAGGAAGAAACAAGCUAAAGACAAGUCAGACAAGACUGCCCCAGAAGUGCCGGAAGAGCCGGCCCCGGUACAAACAGCAUCUACCGAUGAAACAUCGGCUACUCAAACGUUUGAUGACUAUGAGUGCUCUGGUAAUGUGGCGAUUGAUUUUCCUGGGCUCUGUGCUCUUGUCGAGAUGAAAGAUAUUCCAGUUUUGAAGACCAAAUCCGCCGCCAACACAGAAUUCAAAGAGAGCACCACAGGUGGCAGGCAGGCCCACAAAAAGGUCGCACCUGAUUUGUUGAAACCAGCCCUCCAAGUGGAGCUGGAGAAUGGAGACCCUUACAGCACAAAGAGCAUGAAGAUUUUUGGAUGGAGAGUAGAAGAGCAGCUGAUACGAGUGCUGAGCAAGAUGAUUUCCUCCAUGCAUACGCUGCACAGCCUUUAUUUUUGGCAGGCAGGAUUGACGGAUCCAAUGAUUAUCACGCUGUCAGAGGCUGUAUCUGCAUGCAUGAGCCUCAGGGUUAUAACUUUAGAGGGCAACCCUGUCUUACAACAGAGCCACCACCUUCUGUUGUCCGAAGGAAGUGUUCUCACUCACUUACACCUGCGCAACAACCAAAUCGGAGACGAGGGCGCAUGCCUUCUCGGGGUGGCUCUCUCAACAAGCAGAUAUGCAAACUGGAGCCUCGUUUCGCUCAACCUGUCAUUCAACCACAUCGGGGAUGCCGGUGCUGCGUACAUCGCAAAGGGCCUGCGUUUCAAUCGCACUUUGCUGUUCCUCUCACUUUCCAACAAUCAGAUCGGCGACUCGGGGGCGACUGAACUGGCGAUGGUUCUUGGCGAGAUUGUGCUUACCCAUGAAGAAAUUGUGGAGAGAAGGAAACUGCUUCUGGAGAAAAUGUAUUGUGCAAAGCUACGUUCACGCUUCAUGAGCAAAGCUUUUCGACAAGCCAAGUCACACCCACAAUGGCUGACUGAGGAGGAGAAAUUGGCAUCUUUGUCCUCCUCAGCAGCAGACGUUGACCAGUCGUCUGUUGCCAAGCUGUCCACUGACCAUCUCCCUUCUGCAGCUAGUGCCACUUUGCUUAGCUCCGGCAAAGGGGAGAGCAAAAGCACGGCUAAAAAGCGGGAGUCAUCAAAACCUGAGGGGAAACGGGCUCCAGGCAAAGACCAACGGUGUUCUAAGAAAGAUGGUCAAGACAUUGACGAAAGAGGACAAGCGACUGAUCCAGAGCACAGAAAAUCAUUGGAGAUGGCGAAUAUGCUUGUGAGUGAUUCUCUGGAGCAGAGGAAUGGAGACCUCAUUCUGCCGGGAAACACGAGCCUCGUCUCCCUCAACCUGGCAGGCAACAGGAUAACAGAGCUGUCUCUGCCACAGUUCCUGUCGUCCUUGCAGAUGCAAGAUACAGGUAAAGGUCUGCUGCGUCUCUGUCUCCAGAGAAACCACUUUGCUGCAGAGUGUGAGCCUUACGUAAAGAUUCAGGAACUGAUGGCACUCAGAGACCCCCUGAACAAAAAGAGUGAAGAGGAAGAGGAAGAGGAGGGCGAGGAGUCGCAUUGCUCCGACAGUGAAACGAAAGCAGAGAAGUAGAGUUCGAUUUUAGAGAUUAUGUCCGAAGAUUUUCACCGGAUGCACAUUUUUUUUUUAAUCCAAUAAAAUCCAUGACCUCACGUGCACAAAUCAGCCUUUCGUUAGUGUCCAUAAAACAGCACUAUACACCAUAUAUCAGUGACAAAGUGUGGCCCGGGGGCCAUUUGCGGCCCGCAGCUGUUUUUUUAUUGGCCCACAUCACUUUCUAAAAAUAUAAUUUAACAAGAACAAUUAAAAAAAAAAGAGAAAAAUCGGCAAUUAUAAGAAUCUAACAAGAAAACGUCAUUUUACAAGAAUAACGUAAUAGUACGAGGGAAAAAUAGCUUCAUCUUAGUAGCAUAAGGCUGAAAUAUUAAAGAAAAAAAGACUUUUUUUUAAAAGUCGUAAUAUGAGAAACAAACAAAACGAAUAAAGUUAUAAUUUUUGGAUAAUUAGGUUGUGGUUGUAAGUUAUAUUAGGAGAAUAAAGUCAAAAUAUGGGAAUGAAGUCAAUUACCAGAAGAAAAUAUACAAGAAGAAAUUUGAAAUAGCUGGAAAAAAAGCAAUACCAAAAAUUACAGCUGUUAAUUUUACAAGAAUAAAGUUGUAUUCUAAAGAUUUUUAAAAAUUUGCAGUUUUACGAGAUAAAGUCGUAAUAUUAUGACGAGAAGUUAUGCCAUUUCGGUUAGGGUUGGACAUCGAGCAUCGAAGGGAACCGCGACUAACAUUCUGAUUGUCGCGGGAUUAUUACAUUUUUUAAAUUUUGACUGAUCGACCAGCCUGUCGACCGGAAAAAAUGGCCGCAUAUCACAGACGAAGAAGAAGCAGCAGGGAGUGUUUGUGUUCAUCCACUCCCAACAUGGACAGCGUGCGACGGCGCCUGUUCGGCUGAAAUUCUUCGAGAAAAAUGAACGGUCGGCGACAUGCAAACAGAGUCAUAAUUACGAAAGGAAAAGUGGAAAUUACGAGAUAAAAGUCAAUUAAUUAUGAGACAGGAAAGGCACAAUUACGAAAUAAAAAGUCAAAAUGAUGCGAUACAAACUGCACAUGGGCCGCACGGUGGCCUAGUGGAUAGCAUGUUGGCCACACAGUCAGGAGAUCGGGAAGAUCUGGGUUGGAAUCUCUGUUGGGCAUCUCAUGGUCUCCCCUUGUGUGGGUUUUCUCCGGGUACUCCGGUUUCCUCCCACAUCCAAAAACAUGCAUGUGAGGUUAAUUGGCGACUCUAAAUUGUCCAUAGGUAUGAAUGUGAGUGUGAUUGGUUGUUUGUCUAUAUGUGCCCUGCGAUUGGCUGGCGACCAGUCCAGGGUGUACCCCGCCUCUCGCCCAAAGUCAGCUGGGAUAGGCUCCAGCAUACCCGCGACCCUCGUGAAAUGGACAUGCGGAAAAUGCAUGGAUGGAUGGACAAACUGAAACGUGCUGCCUUCUUCACAGGGGACUUUGUCACAUGGCGCUCGGCACAUGCGCAGUUGGUAUCUCUUCAUUUCGACUUUUUAUCUCAUCAUUUCGACGUUUUACCUCAUAAUCAUGCCUUUCUUACCUCAUAAUUUCAAAUUCUCCAUUUUUUUUUCCUUUCAGUGGCGGCAACGGGCUUCCAUUGCUCAGUCCUCUUCAUUUCCUGGCACGUUACCCAAUCGUUCCACCAGAUGGCGACAAACAGUCGUCUUUGUGUUUGUAUCCGGAGCGCUGCAGCUGAAAAAUGAACACAUUUCACAGAGAUAAUAACUGACUCAUGAAUAUUUCAUUGGGGCAUUCAGAUCACGAAUACAAUUAUGAUGCAAAAUUCCUAUACUGAGACGGUGGUGGAUUGUGUGGUCGUUUAUUCAAUGAGUAAAAUGGAAACUAAAUAUUACAUCUCAGCCUCUACUGUCAACAGCGAAAUAUUUGGAUAAAAAUAAACAAACAAGACAAAAUAUAGCAUUAUUGCACAAUGUUUGCAGGCGCGCUGUCAUACAGCUCACAUAUCAGCGUUGAACUGAGUGCGAGCAGAUGGCAGACACACUUUUAAAAAUUCAUACUCACAGUCACUAAACAUCAACACUCUGUCCAACGUGUUUGAUAGCUGAUGUGUGUGUGUGUUUGUGUGUGUUUAAAAAAAAUCCAAAUACUUCCCAUCCUCCUGGUGGAACUUAUUUAAAAACAUUUUGCCUCAUUAGUCAACAGAAUCUUUGUUCAAAGGCAAUCUGGUCCUUUUCUCCUUGGGAAUUUUCAAAUAUUUAUCUGUAUUUACAUUUGAGGGAUAUUCCGUGUUUAAUUACAAACAGUUACGGUGUUUUCGACCCUGCGAGCUGAGUGAGAAACUACUUUUUUUUUUCAAUGACUGUAAAGUUUUUCCGCCUCUUCUCACAUGUGACGUCUUUGGCCUGUAUGGACAAACGUAUUGGUUCACAUAUGGUACACAGAUUGGCUAGAUCCCAAUACAGUAAUCCCUCUUUUAUGGUGGUUAAUUUCUUCCACAUCCGACCGUGAUAAGUCGAUUUCUUCAAAUAAAUUGAAUAUUUUUUUAGUGAGAGCAUAGAAAACCUGGUUACAACCUUCCAAAUAUGCUUUUUAAUAUUAUUAGAGCCCUCCAGACAUGAAAUAACACCCCUAUAGUCACUUUUACACUCCUAUUACCCAAUAUAGUAGACAUAAUAAGAGAAAAUAAGACAUAAUAUAGUGUCACAUGUUAGUACUGGGACAGUUUCUUCUUGUUGUUCUUUUUUACUUCCUAUUCUGUACAGUACGUCCUGCAGUGGCAAUUGUCUCAUCAGUGUAACAUUACUGACACCCAGUGACCAGUGUAGAAUACUACACAUCACAGCAUGUUUUCCAGUGCAUUUUCUGAAAGCCUUAUAUUUGUCUUUUGGUUCUUUUAGCCAUUUUUAUGCUUGAAAGUGCUUAAUUUGUGCCAAAAGUAUGUCAAAUUUGCUUAAAUAUGCAUAUUUUUGGACCAAUAAUAGGCCGUAGUCAACCAUGAAACAGCAUGAUUUAUUAGUAUUUUUGAAAAACCGUGAUACAGUGAAGCCGCAAAAUUGGAAUCUUUCUUUGGAUGUUGUUGUGGGGUCUUUUGUGACCUCUUGGAUGAGUCGUCGCUGUGCUCUUGGGGUCAUUUUGGUUGGCCGGCCACUCCUGGGAAGAUUCACCAAUGUUCCAUGUUUUCACCAUUUGUGGGUAAUGGCUCUCACUGUGGUUUGUUGGAGUCCCAAAGC